AAGGCGGCUGUGUGUGUUGGCUGACAGGAAAAAGGCAAUUUAAAAGAUCUGGAAUGAAGGAAACGGUAUUAAAAUCCAACAGAAUGCAAACUGGAAAUGCGAGAGGUCCAGCAACAGCAACAACAACAAAAAACCCUUGACACUGUUCAGCUGUGCAAAGCACAUCCUAGCGGUUAACCUAUUGCUUUCUUGAAUACAAUUGUUCAGCUGGAGUUUCUGUCACUGUUGCGGGAUAGAGUUUUCUUCCAAGCGGUCAGGCACUGCUUCUUGGAGGGCUUUUUGUCUGGUCCUGGGACCCAUAACUUCUUGCGAGUUGAUGCCAUGGGGAAGCUCCAGUCCAGAAAUGAUGGAAAGGACUUGAAUGAUCUGUGGGAAAACACCCAUUCAUCCCUCGAUGUCCUGCUGACAAAAAGUAGCCACGGUGACUGUUCCUACAAUGUGGAAAUGGGACGAAAUUAGAAACUUGGGGUGGCCAUGGCUUGCCGGUACAUUCUGCCUGGCCGGAGGUGGUGUCGACUUCGCCCGUUCCUGGUGGUGCUGGUGCUGGCCGCCUGUCUUUUCUACCAGACCUUGACACCUUCAAGAACUCGGAGAUCCCUUUCAGUAAUUGGCAAUGGAGUUCUACCAGACGAAGCAGCUGAGAUGCAGCCUGGGAGGUACAAGGAGGUCUCUGCAAGUCAUGUCCGUUGCUUCCUUCCUUCAAGCAACCUUCAAGGAUGGAAGGAGAUUGAGGAUGCCAUUUUUAAAUACUUUAGAAGCCAGGCAAGAGCAGUGAUACUGUACAUCCCCUCUUCCGGCAGUAAACAAGACCUUCAGUUAUAUCGGCACAUCCUUACACAACACAGUUAUACAGUUACAGUUCUUGAAGACAGGAAACUGAGCAGACAUGAAAUCCCCAAUCCAGAUGAUUUAAGCUCUUGGGAUCUGUUCCUUUGCCUGUCUUCCACCAAAGCUGACCAUGAAACUUGCUUAAAUACAGUGGAAUCACUUCCAACAAGGUUAUUGCAGAAGGCAAAUGCCGUCCCCCAAAUACAGCGCCUGCUUUGCAGAAAAGAAGGAUUGUGCCAGAUAGUGAGAACAUUUCCAGAUUUGCAUCUUCCAAUUGCUCUUCCCGCUUGCCCAGAAUCAAACAUUCUACCUCUUCGUACUGUGAAGUCUCAUGAUAAUAAUCAAAGGACAAGUUUGACCCAAAUGUUGUAUCAGCGAAUCAGGAAUAUCCAGCCAUAUCAGAUACCCAUUGAAGAUGACCAUAAAGAAACCUUUAAAAUGCAAGACAUUUCAGUCAUCAUCAAAGUGUAUGUCCUGGUGACAUCUUUAACACCUUUGAGGGCAUUCAUUCAUUCCACUGGCGUUGUCUGGUAUCCACCCAAGAAGAAGAGUUUUUCCGUCAAGCUGCAAACCUUUUUUGAGACCUUCUUAGCAGCUAGUUCCCCACAGCAGGCUCUGGAUGACAUGAAAGAGGCAAUAAGAAAACUCUUAUUGAUAACUGAAGUUUUCAGUGAAGCACCUUCAUCUAGACCAAAGGCCUCGAGACAAUGCAGUUCAUGUUUUCAGAUGCUAACCUUCGAUGUUGGGUUCAGCCACUCUGUGCAUCCGGUUAUUCUUGAGGUGCAUGAACACUUUGACUUUGAUGCAAAUUUCCAGGACCAAACUCUUAAAGCAACCCUUCUUGAAGAUACUUUCAGGAUUCUCUUAUCAAAUCAGACUUCUUCCUCUGCUUUCCUUGAGGCUUUGCAGAAUGUAUACCAAUCAGCAGGAAUUAAGAACGAGUAUCACUGGAAGGAACCUGACCAUUGUCUAACAUUAGAAGAACUAAAUCCAUUGACCAGUUUUGUCAAAGAGCUUCAGAAUAUAGGGCAAUUUGAACUGCUUUUCCCUUCUGCUGUUCCCAAGGUCCAUUUUUUGCUGCAUGACCUUUAUCGUAUGGUGAAUCCAGAGGGAAAACUUGGCUCAAUCCUGGCUGUGCAUUGGCUCCUUUCAAACUUACUUGAACAUUUGCAAAUCAGUAACAAAGUAGUACACACAAAUCUUCCAAGAAGGCAAAACAAGGAUUCCAGAAAUGUGUCUUGGAUGAAAGGCAGAUGGCCAAAGCACAGGACUUCUUACUCAGAAAAGGGUAGCAUUAAAACAAGAGUGUCUUCCCCAAUCCAUGAAAAACCCAAAGAAUUUAGUUUUCCAAAUCUGGCUAAGGAAAUAUUCUGCAGUCAUGAUAAAGAUACCCUAUCUCAUAUUAGGCAGAUCUUCACCAGUCCACAUUUGGACUUAAAUCCUAAUUUUGACCCAAAGAUAAAAGAAUACUACUCUGAAGUUCCGUUUGAUGUAGUGACAGUAAAGAUUAAAGCAGAGCCUGCGAAUUGUCAGUGUGAAGUUCACUUGGAUGAGAAGAAAGGACCAAGUGGUGCAAAUUACCCUCUUGGACUAGGAAUAAACAGAGUAAAUAUUCUUGUAACAGAUGGAUCUCAAUCACUGCAUGAGGUUGUGAGCAUCUACAAAAUCAUCAUUUAUCGAGAAGACCGUCCAAGCCUGCCAUUGUUUGAUGACUUCGUGCUGUGUGGUUUUGUGCAGGAUUGUGGCUCAGUAAUUCAUCCAAAGGAAUCCUGUGGUUUGCAACCUCUCUCAACUGAAUACCUGUCAGUCAUUUCACAGCCACAGUUGAAAACAUGUGAAAUGGGGGACAUAAAAGGACAAUGGAUUGUGCCUUGUCUUAGUUGUUUUGACAACAGAACCUGUGACUGGAGACAAAUAACAUGGCAGCCGCACAAUUGCCAGUAUCCUGUCCUGAACAAAUCAGAACUCCAACAAUGUGUAGAAAGAAAAAAGGUUCUUUUCAUUGGUGAUUCAACUAACAGAGGGAUGAUGUAUUACUUGAUAGAGAGAGUGAAUGAGACCCUUCAAGAGUGGCAAAAGGCUCAUGACAUGAAGUUUUAUCAUAAUGUAAACAAUGGGAACACUUUUAUUAGCUACUCGUAUUAUCCCCAGUUUUGGAUCAGUGUAAACCAAAGACCAACAUUUGAAGAAGCUCUUGAGCAGCUGCUACUCAGAUCACAGCCACUAGAGAACACAGCCCAGACUAUAUUAGUUGUUGGUGGUGUCCAGUGGCUGAAUUUCAAUCACUUACAUAUUAUUCAAAAAGUGCUGAAGCGAGCAAAUCUCUCAAAUAUCCUGGUAGUAAUAAAAUCCCUGGGAAUGGGCUUUCACCUGCCAGUGGAUGGAGUGCACUCGUUGUCACCGGCAGAAGUGCAGAAUUUGUGGAAGGAAAAUCUAGCUAUUUUGAACACUGCAAAACAAUAUGGCUAUGACGUGGUUGAUACUUUUAUUAUUACUAUGGGACGGUACAAGGAAUUUUUGCAAGGGAAGUGUGGAUGUCAUUUUCAUGAGGUGGUGAAAUUUAAAACAUCUGACGGAAGCUCUCCCAUGGCCAUGACGUUAUCAAGGCCUUACGCCCUGGGCAAAUAUUUCAACAACCGAAGCAACCUGAUGAAAUUGCGAGCCUAUGCAUCCAAUUCUCAGUCCCCUUAUCACGUGAGAGGUCCAAUAAACCAAGUGUAUUCAGAAAUACUCCUCAGCAGGAUCUGUGCAAAUGACAGAACGAUUGCUGGAACAUAACUUCGUUGGACUGAAAUGUAGAGAACCAGCUGACCUACUUUCCUGUGUGGCGAUCCACAAGCCAUACCAGAUUUAUUACACACUUCUCCAAGCGGCUGAACAUACCAGCAUAACUCAAGACAUGUGGCAGUUUCCGCAAAGCCUUAUAAAAUCAAGAUGUGUCUCCAUAUAUCUGUGGUUUCAGACGGGAAGACAGGGAAGCACAAGACGAGGGAGAAAAGUUAUCUGAAAUGUAGCCAAGAAUUUAAAGGAGUUGUAAGCUAAGUAAAUGCAUUAUUCUAUGAAAAGAAAUAUAUGCAUUUUGUAGAGACUAUUCAAGUAAAGGUACGAAUUAUGAUGAUAUAUCACCUGUAAAGAAAAAUCGCAUUCCACUUUAAAGAGUUUUAUGACGUUGCAAAAUGGCAGUAUAGAAAUAGGCACAUAAAAGCAGGCACAUUUGUAUGGACAGAACUAGAUGUGCUCUUCCUACAUUUGCACAGAGAGAAUGAUGACACAAGCUCUCUUCCGCUGUUGUUCUAAGAGCCAAAGAAGACACGAACCUGGGAGUUCCGGAAUUGGAGUUCUUGGCAUCUUUUUCUUAUCCAAAUCAACCUGGGUGGGGUGGAAUGAACUGAUAUAUAUAUCAGGGCUGUAGGUUCACCCCGUUCCCACACUGCACUCCAGCGCUAAUAGAAAUCAUACUCACACCCCAUGGCUGCUUUAUGGAUAAAAAAAAGGACUCCUAUCACAUCACAUCUAGUUUGGCCCUUCGUACAGUGUUUCUUAUUUCACUGUCCUUUGUUGUUCCUGUGCUUGACUUUGUGUGUUUAUAUGUGCAGCUUCUCCUUGCAGUUUAUGAAACAUUCU